UGUCAUUCAUCAUUUGAAGAUUUAACAAUGCGUAAACACUUACUUACGUCUCCGAUUUGAAUCAGCUCAUAGAAAUAUAAAUAGAUUUGUUUGCAUGCAAUUUCAAUGGUGCUUCAAACCUGCUGUUCAUUAGCAUUCACGCACUCUAGGCCUCCUCUCUUUCUUCAAAAAUAUGUACUUGAUCUAUUUUAAUUGAAGAAGAUAUACAAACUGCACGUAAUAUUUUAAUUUCUUCUUUAUAUGUGUUUGUGUAUAUAUAUAGAGCAGAGAGUGUGCUGGCUAGGAAAAUCGAAGAAAUUAAUUAAGCAUGUCAUCUAGAGAAAGUGAGCAGUUUAGCACAGAGAUUGUGAAGAAAGGGCUUGACAACACUGGUCCUGAUGCUGGUUCUGUUUCCUUCUCGGUUAGAGUGAGACCAAGGCUUCCAGAUUUUCUCAGUUCUGUGAACAUCAAGUAUGUCAGGCUUGGCUACGGCUAUCUCAUAGGCCACCGAUCUUAUUUCUUCUUCCUCGUUCCCCUUCUUUCUCUCUCAGUAGCUUCUCGCUUGGGCACGAACCAGUUCUUCACUUGGAACAAUAAUGCCUUGUGGGAUUUCACUACUCAUUAUCAUGUCCUCUUUGUUUUACCACUCUUUUGCCUCAUUUAUUUUUAUUCUAAUUCCACUUCCCGUUUUACCUACCUGCUUGAUUUUGCUUGCUUUUGCCCUCCCAAUGAAUUCAAGAUAUCGAAGGUUGAGUUCAUAGAGCUUGCUAGAAAGUCUGGGAAUUUCAACGACGCGGCCAUAGAGUUUCAGGAAAGAGCCUUAGAGAAAUCUGGAAUCGGCGACGAGACUUACAUGCCAAGGUCAGUGUUCCGUCCUGGCUACGGAACCUCUCUCAACGAAGCUCGACAAGAAGUGUCCAUGGUCAUGUUCGGAGCAGUCAAGGAUCUUCUGGAAUCCACGAAGGUGAAGCCCAGCAACAUCAGAAUCUUGGUCGUCAACUGUGGAAUUCUCAACACGACCCCCUCACUUUCCUCCAUGAUCAUCAACCACUUCAAGCUCCGCCACGACAUCCACAGCUUCAACCUAGGUGGUAUGGGUUGCUCCGCCGGAAUCAUCGCCGUCGAUCUAGCAAGAGACCUUCUACACGCUUACCCUGGAUCUUAUGCCCUAGUUGUCAGCACCGAGUCUGUGAACUACGCUUGGUAUGGAGGUAACGAUAUCGACAUGCUUCUUCCCAAUUGCUUCUUUAGAAUGGGAGCUUCUGCUAUUAUGCUCUCUAAUUUUCUCCUAGAUCGAUGGCGUGCCAAGUAUGAACUCAAACAGCUGGUUCGAACUCACAAGGGCAUGGAGAACAAGAGCUUCAAGAGCAUACGAAUGAGGGAAGACAGUACAGGAAGGAGAGGGCUUUCAGUAAGCAAAGACGCCAUUGAAGUAGGAGGUCAUGCAUUGAAAGCCAACAUGACGACUCUAGGUCCUCUGGUUCUUCCCGUGUCCGAGCAGGUUAACUUCUUCACGAAUCUCAUGUCCAAGAGGAAGAAGACGAAGCCAUAUAUUCCGGACUACAAGCUGGCCUUCGAGCACCUGUGUCUGUCGGCAACGAGCAAGAAGGUUCUGGAUGAGAUCCAGAACAACCUGGGCCUCACGGAGGAUUACAUGGAGGCGUCGAGGAAGACUUUGGAGAGGUUUGGGAACACUUCUAGCAGCAGCAUCUGGUAUGAGUUGGCUCAUCUUGAAGCUAACUUGAAGGUCAAGAAAGGUGAUAGGGUUUGCCAGAUUGCGUAUGGGUCUGGUUUUAAGUGCAAUAGUGUUGUUUGGAAGGCUCUAAGGACUUCGGGGAAGCCCAAGAAAGGUCCUUGGAUUGAUGGUUAGUGCUCUUUGGGGACGAAUAAUAUGUGUGUGUGUGUGUUGGUGCCACAAAGGAAGCUAAGGUUGACUAAUUAUAGCUUGUAUGUCUUAUUUUUAAUUCUAGGAUCAUGUGUGUGCCUUUUUUUUUUUUUUUAAUAUUGAUCUAGUUUCUAUAGUCAUUACUUCAAUGUUGUUAUUAGAUGUUUAAUUUAAUUUUGUUGAACCCUAA